AUGUCAUUACAUUUUCGUACACUGAAAUAUAAUUUUUAUCUUUGUCAGCGUCUAACCUCAUGGCGAAAUUCACAAUUCAAAACCGUAAGAAAAUUUAGUUUAUCAAAUUCUCAAGGACGAUACGGAGAUUGGAUUUAUAGUCCAGAAGUUUCCGAGGCUUUAAAUGCUAAAAAACCCGUUGUAGCUUUGGAAUCCACUAUUAUUUGUCAUGGUAUGCCAUAUCCACAAAAUUUUGAAACAGCUCUUACUGUUGAAAACAUUGUACGUGAAAAUGGUAGCAUACCAGCUACAAUUGCUAUCUUGGAUGGAAAAAUUAAUGUAGGACUUACAUCAAGCGGAUUGGAAAAACUCGCAAAGAUGGGGCAGCAAGCAGUAAAAGUUUCUCGAAGAGAUCUUGCGUUAACUAUUUCACAAGGCUUAACCGGUGCAACCACUGUUGCGGGCACUAUGGCCAUUGCUCACAGGGCAGGUAUUAAAAUAUUUGUUACUGGUGGAAUUGGCGGUGUUCACCGCGAUGGUGAAAAUACGAUGGAUGUGAGUGCUGAUCUAACAGAAUUAGGAAGAACCCCCGUAACUGUCGUAUGCGCAGGGGUAAAAUCAAUUUUAGAUAUCGAGAAAACUUUAGAAUACUUGGAAACUCAAGGAGUUACUGUUGCAACAUUUGGUGAUUCUGCCGACUUUCCGGCUUUUUUUACUCCAAAAAGUGGAUUUAAAAGCCCGUCAAAUUUGCCAACUAUACGUGAAUGUGCAGCUCUAAUCAAUGCAAAUACCAAUCUUGAACUUAACAGUGGUAUUCUGAUUGCUGUUCCAAUUCCGGAGAACGAAGCUGCUGAGGCAAAAGAAGUACAUAACGCAAUAGAGAGCUCUUUAAAAGGAAUUGCGAAUAAAGGGAUUAGAGGCAAAGAUAUAACACCGUAUUUACUUAAAAGAGUGAACGAUAUCACUCGUGGUAGAUCUUUAAAAUCAAAUAUCGCAUUAAUCAAAAACAAUGCUAUGGUUGGGAGUCAGAUUGCAAAAUGUCUUGCAGAACUUGGUUACAGCAGUAAAAAUAUGAAAGAAGAACUAAUCGAAAAAGCAGAUUCAUCAUCAUUGUUAAUAAUUGGUGGUUCUUCAAUGGAUAUAACUUCGACACUUAAUCCGAUUGAAUCCAAAAAUCAUUCAUUUUAUCACACAUCAUCUCCAGGUUUUGUAAAGCAAUCCGCUGGAGGAGUUGGAAGAAAUAUUGCAGAAACAGCGCACAAGCUGAGUGCAAACCCUUUAUUAAUAUCUGCUGUUGGCAAUGAUUUAGCAGGGUGUUGGUUAAUUGAGAACAUGAAAAAAAUUGGAAUGGAUACUAAAGGUAUAGAAGUUGUAGAAAAUCAAAAAACUGCAAUAUACAAUGCGAUAAAUGAUCCUUAUGGUCAGCUUGUUUGUGCUGUUGCUGACAUGAAUAUAUUUGAUAGUAUAUCUUCAGAAAAUGUCACCAAGUUUAUAGAAUCAAACAAGCCAAAAUUGGUUUGUUUUGAUGGAAAUAUUUCUGUAGAAUGCAUGAAAACAAUAUUGGAUAUUUGUGAUAAAAACAAGAUAUCAACUUUCUUUGAACCAACAUCAGUUCCAAAAUCAUUUAAAAUUUUAAAAGAUCAAUUAUUAUUUUCAAAAUUGUUAACUACACAUGCAUUAACAUAUAUAACGCCAAAUAUUUAUGAACUUAAAGCAAUGUAUUAUGAAGCUGAAAAAUAUGGAUAUUUUAAUUUUGAUAAUCAUUUGUGGUUUCAAAAAUUAGAUGAGCUAAAUAUUGGGCAAAAAUUUAGAACAGAUGUGGAGCGUAUCAUUACAAAACAUCCAAAGUUACUAUUUCUUCAAAACGAUGGUAUUUUGGUCCAAGUCGUGAAUUUCUUACCAUAUUUACCAAAUAUUAUAGUCAAACUUGGAGAAAAUGGCAUAUUAAUGGCACAAGCCUUGGAUGAAUUAAAAAGUAAUUUUGAAACAAAACAAGAUAAUAAAAUUGAAUUUGUUAUUCCUAAAAGACAAAAAAAAGGCGGAACCAGGUUUAGAUACUUUGAACCAAUUUUACUUGAUCCGCAAAAGCACAUUAAUUCUUCCGGUGCAGGAGACAGUUUUGUUGGUGCGCUGAUUUCUGGGUUAAUGCUGCAUUCAGAUUCUAAUAUUGAUAAAGUGAUUGACAUAGCACAAAAAGUAGCAGUUAUGACAUUACAAUCACAUAAUUCUGUUAGUGAACAUAUUAAUUCUGAUCUAUUAAACCUUUAA